UGACGUCGAUUCCGCCAGCAUUUCAUUCGCUCUUGAAAGGUGAAGUGGUUUGAUUGAAAAUGAACUGAAGACAACAAUGCAGCUUUUUGGACAUUCACGUUAAGGACAUUUGGUUUCCGUUUUUAUAUCGCUACCUGUCUCCCUACCCCCGCCUGUUGAGUGAUGUCCGAGUUGAUGGUGGCUCUGGUACAGGCCUCAGAGAAGGCAGCCAACAUCGCCCGGUCCUGCCGCCAGGAUGAAACUCUUUUCAGUCUGCUCAUAGAGGAGAAGAAGAGUGACAAGAACAAAAAGUUUUCAGCCGACUUCAAAACUCUCGCUGACGUGCUUGUCCAAGAAGUCAUUAAACAUGACAUAGGAAAACGGUUUCCAGGUCUUGAAAACAACAUAUUUGGUGAAGAAACAAAUGAAUUCAUGAAUGGACUGGGCGAGCGGAUCCAGGUGAUGUUGUGCGAGCGAGACGCCGACACCGCCAGGCUCCUCAGUAAGGUUCUGGAUGGGAACAUGCAGGCGGCCGAAGCCCUGGCGUCCGCCGCCCACCAGGACGUUAUCAUUCCCGACCUGCAAACUGGCUCUGUCCACAUCCCCAUCCACAACCUGGGCGUGUGGGUAGAUCCCAUAGACUCCACACUCCAGUAUAUCAAAGGCAUUAGCAAUUCAGUCCCAGAAGGCAGUAUCUACAGCCGAGGGCUACAGUGUGUGACCGUUCUCAUUGGUGCUUACGACUUGCAGACCGGAGAGCCACUGAUGGGGGUCAUCAACCAGCCAUUUGCAGAGAUGGACGACAGCAAAAGGUGGCAGGGCCGAUUCUUCUGGGGAAUCUCUGCAGGCCCCCUGAGUGUGAACUCCCUCUCGUCCACGCCACUCACCAGGGGGGACUCCACGCAUCCACUCCCAACCCCAAACCCUGUGGCGGACCCCAGCCUAGGGGUGCGGGGGUCCAAGCUGUCCACCGUGCUGAGCACGCGCGAGGUGAAGCGCGUCAAGGCCCUGUUCCAGGACUGCUGCGAGGGCGGCGUGUACUACGCGUCCGGCGCCGGCUACAAGGCGCUCUGCGUCAUCUUGGGCCUGGUGGAUGUGUACGUCUUCACCGAGGACUCCACCUACAAGUGGGACAGCUGCGGCCCUCACGCCCUGCUGCGCUCCAUGGGCGGGGGCAUGGCCGACCUGAAGGAUUGCCUCCGGCAUAGCCCAGCAGGGGGUGCCGAGGAGAGGCCCGAGCUGCAGUACAACACCCCCAUCGCCGAGGCCUCGGGCACGGAGAAGUGGGCCAACCGAGACGGCCUGGUGGCCUACAGGUCAAAGGCCGACCUGGAAGCCGUUCUCCAGCUGCUCACCACUGUUGAGUUGUAGUGUAGCUUUCAGUGAGAUGCAAAAGGGAUAUCAGUGCAAUAUGGAGGUUUUUAUUUACCCAUUGAGUUUAUUUAUUUAUAAUUCAGUGUUAAGGAAAAGGUGUUCCAUAUGCCAUUUUAUCUUUUUUGUUUGUUUUGUUUUUUAACACAACGUUAUGUUGAGGUGUCAUGCAUUUAUUAUUAAGUUUUACUAAAUGUAUUGCAACAGGCUAUGCACUGAUAGCAGCCAAUUUAUUCAUGUGUUAUUUAUUAGUGUAAUGUUAUUUGAACAGCUGGUUUCAAGAAUCAACACUAGCAAUACUGUAUCCCAUUUGAAAUACUGUAUUUGACUGCAUUUUUGUUGUAUUAAGCUACUUGGAAAUGACUGGAUGAAGGACUGGUGUGUUUGUGCUCCUCACUGCAAAUGAUGUUUACAUGAAGCACAAACCAGAUUAAACAGGGGUUGCACAUUUUAA